AAAAGUAAUUAAUUUGAUAAACCUUGAAGAUAUUAAAAAUGACCAAAACAACAAUUUAAACUUAGAAAAUGGAAGACUUAUAUUAGAAAAUGGAAUCUAUUACAAACGGAAUAAGAGAGGAAAAAAAAUUAUGCUGUCGGAAAAAUUCAGCAAAAUUUUAAUUAAAAAUGUCCAUGAUCUCUACUGCCACAUUGGACUUACACAGAUGAAAAAUAAAAUAACACCGUUUUAUACGGCAGAAAAUAUCAACAGAAACAUUAAAAAAAUUUGUGAUGAAUGUGAAAUUUGCAUUAGGAAUAAAUCAAGGAGAAAACCAAAAUUUGGGUUAAUGUCACAGUUAGGUCCAGCAACACGACCCUUUGAAAUUGUGUCUAUUGAUACCAUUGGAGGAUUUGGAGGAUUGCGGUCUACAAAAAAAUACUUACAUCUUCUUGUGGAUCAUUUUACGAGAUACGCCUACAUAUCAACAUCGAGAAAUCAAAGCUCUGGUGAUUUCAUAAAACUGUUGAAAAAAGUGACACCAGCUUACAAUAUUGAUAUGGUAUUAACGGACCAAUAUCCUGGUUUAAAUUCGAAAGAAUUCAAACAAUUCGUCAUGACAGAGAAUAUAAAAUUGGUUUUCACUGCUGUGGAUGCACCAUUUUCAAAUGGUCUUAAUGAAAGACUAAAUCAAACUUUGGUAAAUAAGAUUAGAUGUAAAAUUAAUGAAAGUGAUAAAAAAACUGCAUGGUCUUCUAUUGCACAGAAAUGUGUAGAAAAAUAUAAUGAAACGGAACACACAGUCACGAAGUUUGCUCCAAAAUAUCUUUUGGAAGGCGAAAAUAUUAACAUUCUACCAAGUGAAUUAAAAUCAAGAUGUACCAGAGAAAUUUUAGAAAGAGAUAGGAAAAUAGCAUUUCAAAAUUCAGUGAGACCACAUGAAUAUAAUAAAAAAUUAUUCGACUCACACAGGAAAGAUGAUAAAUUCAAAGAGGGAGACCUAGUCUAUGUAGAAAAUGGAAAUCGGCUUAAUAGGAAGAAAAUGGAAGAAUUGAGGAUUGGACCAUUCGAAAUUCUGAAGAAGAUUUCCGAUUCAAUCUAUCAAGUUGAUACUGGACACAGAAGAGCAGAAUCAAAUCUUUUUCACAUAACGAAAUUGUGUCCAGUGUUUGUUAGUGAAUGAACGAGUAUGUGCAUUCUAGUUCGAGGGGGGGAGAUGUAAAGAAAAGCGUUAUAAUUGUGAAGCUUUUCUUAAAUAUUAUAUUCGUGUUACCUGGAAUGGCCGAACUGACACUUUAAAAUACAUUUUGAAGUUUUUCGAAGUGUCAUAAUAAAUAGUUUCAGAAGAUUGAAUU